AUGAUCCGCGCAUCGAAGUCACCGUGGGCCUCCCCAAUCGUUGUCAUCGUGAAGAAGAAUGGAGUCGACAUUAGACUCUGCGUCGAUUACAGAUUGGUCAACGGGUUGACCCAGCUGAUGGUGUAUCCAAUGCCACUGGUCACGGAUCACUUGGAGGAUCUGUCUGGAUAUGGCCAACGGGUUUUGGUGCCCAUGACAGACCGAUCCCGUCUCAUCUCUGCUUUCGUCACACCGUUCGGGUUGUUCGAGUGGCUGCGCAUGCCAUUCGGUCUGUGCAAUGCACCGCGGAUAUACCAGCGGUUGAUAGAUAAUGCGCUAUACGGGUUCUGGAAGCUGUCCCCGACGGAGAACACCCGCGAUGUUUUCAAGGACGGGAUCCCGUCUAAACCUGGAGCGGGGUCCGUUUUGGGUCGCCGGUCGUACGUCGAUGAUAUCCUCAUCCUGAUCGGAGGCACAACAUGGGACGACCUUUGCCAAAAGGUGGAACGCCUCUUGGAAGUCUGUGAAGAAUGGAAUUUAUCGAUCAGCGUGGAGAAGAGCGAAUGGGGGAUGUCGAAACACGUUUCGAGUCCUGAGACGCGCGAUCUAGACAAGUGGACGCACGCGGAACGGGCGUUCGACAGGCUCCGUAGCAAGAUCGCGACCACGCCCAUGUUGAAACAUUUCGACGUCGAGAAACAGCCGGCGGUGAUCGUGUACGCAAGUGACUGGGCAGUGUCAGCCGUCCUAGCUCAAGACCACGACGGGGUAUAUCUGCCGGUCAAAUUCACUAGUCGGACGUUGAAGCCCAACGAGUUGAAUUACAGCAUCGCGGAGAAAUACUGCGCGUCCUGA